AUGACCUUCAUCUUCACAGCCCUGCUCUAUCUGGGGCUGUGUCUGGGCCGAGAGACCUCAGUGUUGGCAGGGAAUCCUCCCAAGCCAACCCUCAGCGUUCAGUCAGGAUCAGUGGUUGCCAGAGGAAAGCAGGUAACCAUCUCAUGUGAGGUGACCACAGGGGCCCGGGAAUACCGUCUUUACAAAGAGGGGGGUCCGCAUCCCUGGCGCUCACAGAACACACCGGAGGCCACAAACAAGGCUGAGUUCUUGAUCCCGUCAAUUGAACAACAACAUGGAGGGAGAUAUCGAUGCUACUAUAAGACCCCUGCUGGGUGGUCAGAGCACAGUGACCCUCUGGAGCUUGUAGUGACAGGAUUCUAUAGUAAGCCCAGCCUCUCUGUCCAGGCCAGCCCUGUGGUGGUGACCCCAGGAGAGACUGUUACCCUCCAGUGUGGCUCACAGCUGGGAUUUAGCAGGUUUGUCCUGACUAAGGAAGGAGAACGGAAGCCUUCCUUGAUCCUGGACUCAGUGUUUAUAAAUUCCACUGGGCAAUUCCAGGGUUUGUUUUCUGUGGGCCCUGUGAACUCCAGCCAGAGGUGGACAUUCAGAUGUUACGGCUAUCAGGUGACCAGCCCCCAGGUGUGGUCGGAACCCAGUGAGCCCUUGGAAAUACAUGUCUCAGGAGCAGUUCAGCCCCUUGAGCGACCACCAAAUGUAUCAGACUCCAAGGCAGUCUCACAGCCCCAGGAUCACACAAUGGAGAAUCUCAUCAGGUUGGGGCUGUCUGUCCUGGUCCUUGUGCUCCUGGGCAUUCUGCUGUUUGAAUCUCAGCACAGCCACAGACCCUGCUGCCCAGGCGAGCUGUAG